AGCCCGGAGGGAGACAGUCAGAGCAGAUAUAGUACUAGAAGGAAAGCCGAAGCGCGGGCGCACUUGGUGAAAUCAGUCGUUCGCAGUCAACGCGAGUGUGACGGCGGUGUGUGGUGGCGUCGCGACGCCGGCGCAGUCACGUCGAUCGAUUCCAACGAUUAUUUCUCUCUCUCCCUCUCUCCCUCUCUCUCGCCCCUAACGGGUCGACGGAAACCAGAGUCGAGCAGAAACGACAGAAACGAACGAGUAGAAAGAAGAAGCCCGUGGAUCCGACGAGGAGGUGCAUAGACACUUAGGGUAGCGGAUAGAAUGAGAGGGUGAAACUCGCCGUAGGUGUAUCACCCAAGAGCGAGGGAGACAGACGAAGGGAGGAAUCGGGCGGGGGUGUCGUGUGCGCGCGUGUCUUUCGACGGACACUACGCGUACAACGGAACGUGCAGGAUACGCGCGAGGUGACAGAUCACCAAGGAAGGUUUGUUUCGUGCCGAAAAAAAAUAGCACGGGUUCUCUCUUUCGGUGACACCGUGUCUCCCCCGUGUUUAAAAAUAUUCGCGCACAGCCGCGGUGCAGGAUGACGCCGUUGCGGAUUUAGAAGAGAGAAACUUAACCUUCCCGCAAGCUGGACGCCGGGAUCGAUUGUAAUACAGUCUUCUUAACAGCCGGCUGACACUGGCUCGAAGACAUGGAUUACCGGUCUACUGGUACCAGGUGCGAGGAUGACUCCCUGGAGAACGAGAAAGGAAUCGGUGCUGCGAACGACCACAAGGGAGCGUCUAAAUGCGGUGGCUCGCACACGCGCGGAACGGCGAUGUCGUUUGGUUUCCGACGAAGACCCACCUCCGGGAUACCGAUGCCGAUAACGAGUUACGCCACAGAGGCGACGAUGUUCCACCCGCGCUCGAAAUCAGCCGGCCCGGAGCAGAACCGGAGACGCGACGAGGACAACACCUGCGCGAUGCGUAACUCGUCUUCCGGCCGAUCGACGCCUCGGCUGGCGCCACCGAAGAAAGAGUCCACCGGAAUCGCCGUCCGGACGAACCGCUUCGGUUACAGGCAACCGCAGCCGAAAUUCACGAACAAGGUCGGCGACAUCUGUAGCAGUCACACGGCGAGUCAUCACAACCAGGAAAAGCUGCAGCAGCAACAGCAGCUGGACAGUUUCGCCAAGCAGCAGCACAGGGUGGUACAAGUGUGCAACGCGACGGCGCCUUCGAAGGCGAAGCAAACGCAAAUUCCAAAUACCCAGUACACCAACGCAAACAGCAACUACGUGGACGGCAAUCGGCGGCCAUCGAACAUCCCGGAGUCGUUCGGCAGGUACACCCUGCACACCAGUCACCUGCCGUUGCCUCAAUACGCCGUAAGAAUGACCGACGCGAACUCCAAGGUCGCGAAAACCGCAGCGAACCAGAGCAGGAAGGUUUCUGCGGCGUCGAAGAGCUCAGCGAGUUCGAAAGAAGGCUCCAGCACGGAGGAUUCCGGCGUGGGGAGUCAGCAGGGUUGUCCUGGCGAGAUCGAAUCGAGAGGCGUUGAUUACGCGGACGGAUCGUUGGCGAGGAGACGCACCAUAGGCAGACCUAGGAACUUGAGGAUGGUCGUGAACGGGAAGAGCUUCGAUGUCAGAGACGUCCGGGAUGACGAUAGCACGGUCACCGAAAUAUCCGUUAUAUCGUUGCCCAAGACGUUCACGGCUACCACUGGUUUGGUGCGGGAAAGAACUAGCCAGUACCAGAGGAUCGUUAAUAAAGACAACAGGUACACCGAAUCGACCACGUCCAUGUCCACCACGUCCUCGGAGGGCUACGACGAAGGUUUAGGCGAGGAGAAGGUUUAUAAAGAUAGAUCACAUUCCGAGAAGAUUCCUUCGAUUAAGUCGGACUUCAGUCCACCGAGUUCGGACGACCCUGAAUACGGUCACGGGGAGGCGAUGGCUGACGAGUACUCGUUGAGCUCCAGCGACGAAUGUCAUCGUUCCGGUUCGAUUCAACACGCGGAGACCGUUUCCCACACGGCUAAGAACGGAACCUUGCCGAAGACUAGUCUGCGUUCCGUGCUUCUCACCAUCGAGGAUCCCGCGUUUGCCGCAGCUGCAGCCACGUCCACCACCUUGAUAGAUGAUGAGACGUCCCCUGUCGACAGCCUCUUCGACAGUCUGACGGCUAGCAUCACGCAGUCGGAUGUUAAAGCCGCGAGGAAGGACAACGCGGCGGAACAGUGCGAACAGGAAGACGACAGCCCUGGGACCCCGACGAACGCGUCGAAUUCGUUGAGUUUGUCGGAGGGUAGGGAAUUCUUCGACGACGAGAUCGCUGAUCAGCCUGGGCUUGUUUUCGAUGACAUCUCGAGGACUGUUGGAGACCCGCAUUCCGCCAUGGCUAGUCAGGCACACACCGAGAACAGCCAUACUUUGAUCGAAUCCAGUCCUAAGACAGGUACAGGACAUGGAAAAAACGCAACAAACAGCCCUCAUCAUGGCAAACGAAUAAGUCGAGCUGGCAGCGUCGACACUUUAUCUCCCUGUGAAUCCAUUGCUUCUGAUGACCUAAUACUGGAUUACGAACAGAGCGAUGCGAGCUCCUACGAGGAACAACAUCGGGUGGAGUCAACUACUGCAUUGCAGGACAUGGAUGACGCUGUCAUUCUGUCCGAACUGGAAGCUCAAGGAGAAGAAGUGAUGAGACAGUGGACUUCUUUGUUGGGUACAUGUCAAACACUGCAGCAAACUAAUAAUUCGAAUACAAUUAAUAACAAUGUGAACAGUGGAUCGGCCAAUAACAAUAACCCAUCAACCAACGAUAUAGGGUGUGUAUUUAAAAGUUUUAUAUCGCAUUUAAUACCUCUAACUGCUUUGUAUUGAUCAUGGUUCAACACAUGCAUGCAUACUUCUACGGUAGAUAGGUUCGAAUCGAGAACAAAUUAUACUAAAUGUUAUCUUCUAGAUUUAUUUAUGAGUAAAAUGAACCAUCGUUUCGCCGCUUUAAGAAUUAUUUUUAACUAUAGGUUAGUAGUCCAAGAAACGCACAAUUGUUUAUAGCUUGGGAAACGCUUCUUUUACGUUUCGUUUUAUGUAUUUACAUUAUAUGUUGCUUAGCUGUUUGUUAUUAUACACGUUAAUAGGUAUUACCAUACGGUAUAAAUAAGAGUGAUAAAAACGACUUGUAUCUUUUCCAUCGAACGUUCAACAUAAUGGCUAAGAAUAUAAUUAAAUGUAGAACAGAAACGAUUAAUUCGUUAUUCUACGUCUGCUUUAGAUGUUAUAUAUUCGCUAACAUUUACGAAUAAUCGGAAAUAACAUUUGAAAGAUAAUCACUUCGUAAUAUGGAUACUCCUUUGGAGCGACAAUCUUUUUAACUACUUGAAUUCUUGCACAGUGUCCAUAUUAUAUAUAUAAUAUUAUAUUACACAUAUAUUUAUGGAAUAUCCUUAAUUGAAGUUAAUAGUGAAUUGUAUUAGUGAAUUAUAUUACAUAUUAUAUUAUAUGAAGUAUGAAUUAUUUUACAAAAAUUUUGGCGUAACGGUUAUAUUUAAUGGAAAGGUCUACUUUAAUAUUGUCACUAUCUAUUUGACAAGUAUUUUUUUAACAAUUUCGAAUGUUACGUACUUUUGGAUUUGGAAAACUUUAUAAAAGUAUAACUUCUUCGUUAUAGUGAAGAAAUGAGUAGGAAUAUUAACAAGUUUACCUCCUGUACAAGAAGAUAAACUAUACAGAUUUUGCUAUCAUUAGAAAAGUUAUUGUUUAAUUUUUAGGAUUUGUAAGGUAAGUUGUAUAAUAUUACACAUAAAUGUCACAGUCUGUAAUUAUUAGCUGGUUUUAAUAAGCAUAAUGUAGAAAAUUAUUUUGGAAUAAGGUUUCCACUAAAAGGUGUAACAACAAGUUUUUCUUUACCAACACUUAUUUAGGUAUUUCAACGAUAGUUAUGAAUAAUCUUUAUUUAAUAUACUCUUUUAAUUCAUUUUAAAUUAGAAACAUCUCCUAUACGAAAGUUUUCACAUAUAAAAAACUUUUUUAAUUACUUCCAAUUAAUCUAAUAAAAUUCUUAAUAAUUACAAGACUAUGUUUUUUCAUGUAAAACUGUUUAAAACUCGAAAAUUCAAAUAAUAGCAUAAAAACUUAAUACUGAAAUUCAAGAUUUGAAUUGUGAGAGGUGAACUUUUCUAAUAAUGAUUUGUAGGUUCUAAGUACAACAAGAUACAAUUUCAUGCAACCACUUUAAAUACUACAAAUAAUGGAUAAUUCAUUGUAGUAAUUAAUUUAAUUUUUCUUAAUUUCAAGACCAACAAAAAUAUAACAAUAAAUUAAAAUUUACAAGUUUUUCUUUUAAACACUGAAUGUAAUGAAAAUUGAAUAUUUUUUAAUAAAAGAAAUGAAAUAAAAUAAUUUAGCAGGAAGUUAAUAGUUUUUACUAAUAUUAUUAUCGAUGAUACUAUUUAUUAACUACUUAUCAACAACACAAAUUUAAAUAAUGUCUCAAGCGUAAAUGAUUACGUAUACAAACUGUGAAUGAACCAAAGUUUCUUUUUGCAUUGUGUCUCCAUCUGAAUUAAAUGGAAUCGCUUUAACGAGCACAUUUCUGAAAUAUGUCAGGGUUUGAGAUAUGCGCGAGACAUUGUUGUAUGGCGUCUAUUCAUCCAUACAAAACCGCGUCUGCAUUCCAGACAUCGAGACUUCUCUCUGCUAGCGAGAUAUUUCAGUCGACCGAACGUUCGUGUCAAAAUCAAUAGCUUCGUAGAAAUUAAAUACUGUCAUAUGCUUAGGGAUGUGAGAUGGAUAUUGGAAACAUUUAAUUAUGAACAAAUAUUAAUGAUGGAGGGAUGUAGAAUUUUAUAUUAUUUGUACCUUAAUGAAAUAUUAUUAAAUUUAUUUGAAUAUGUAGCUUCUUUGGUUUUAUAACGAAACAUUAUUUUGUUAUUAAAUAUUCUGUUGUGUUUUUGUGUUUUUAUGGGAUUUAAUUCUUCGCUAUUUAAAUAUAUUUACUGUUAGGCAAUUAAAUUAAUAUAAUUUCUAGACAAUUUAAUUAGAAGUUUCCUGUUUAUUAUUAAUAUAAGUGAUUCUUUUUAAUAAUAAUUUCUUAUUUUAGCAAUAUAAAAAUAGUUCUUAAAUAUUUUACAGGAUAUCCCAUACUAGUCUUUCCCUAUAACUAUUUCUUACUAAAAGAACUGUUCCAGAUAAAACAUACUCUACUUUGAGAGGGUUCAUCUUGUAGUCUGUGCACAAUUUUGUUCCAAGUGAAAGCAUUUCUGAGAUUUCAUGAUCACCCAAUCUUUUUUCAAAUUAAACUAUAUGCAGUAUUUUAACUAAACAUGGAGCUUAUAGAUUGACAAAUACAGCGACCUAUAAUAUGUAAGUCAUUCAAGGUCAUUCAAGGGCAACACGCAGAACCUGAUACCUGUAUCUUUGCUGCAAUGAAUGCUGUUACUCUAAAUAAGGAAAUGAGGUAGUGCACCAGUUUCUAACAGGAUCAUUGAAUCUGUUAGCUCUCGAAUUUUUUCUAUGGAAUCGUCUAAAUAAUAAAAUUUAUAUAUUAUGAGGUAACUGUAUUUGUUAGUAAACAAAAUUCAUAUUCAUUUAAAUAUGUUCAAGAAUAUAAUUAGAAACAUAAGUUUCAAAAAGUUAAGGUGUGGUUUUCAGAAAGAUUAUUUAAAAUAUUAAGGCACGGAAGCUAAAAUAGUGAAAUUUAUAGUAAAAUUUAUAUAUUAUAAGGUAAUUGUAUUUAUUAGUAAACAAAAUUCAUAUUCAUUUAAAUAUGUUCAAGAAUAUAAUUAGAAACAUAAGUUUCAAAAAGUUAAGGUGUGGUUUUCAGAAAGAUUAUUUAAAACAUUAAGGUACGAUAGCUAAAAUAGUGAACGUUGAUAUUUUUCAAGUGCCUCGACUUGAAACAAAAACACGCAAACAACAAUGGCUACAAGAUAGCCCACUAGGAAAAGUGUAAGUUUUGCUGUAAACAUCUCUUUGAUGAAAUUAUAAUAAAUAUAAACAAACG